AACGCGCACCUGCACCGCCCGGCCCCCGGUCCCGGCCGCGGUGCCGCCGCCCCCUCCCGCCCCCUCCGCCUCAGCCCCCCGCCCGGCGGGCUAUAAGAGGCGGCGGCGGCGGCGCCGGGCCGCCCAUGCUGGCGGCGGCAGGCCGGGCCGGCGGCGGGGGCACCUCGGCCCGCCGCCAUGAAGUCGCCUCAGGCGCAGCGGCCGGCGGGUCAAGCGCUGGGGGAGGACGGCGGCGGGGGCCUGGCGGAGGCGCUGGGGGAGUUCGACGCGGUGCUGGCGGAGUUCUCCUGCCCCGCCGGCCGGCGCCGCUUCCACUACGGCGAGCACCUGGAGCGCAUGAAGCGGCGGAGCAGCGCCAGCGUCAGCGACGGCAGCGGCCUCAGCGACUCGGAGAGUGCAGAUUCACUGUACAGAAAUAGUUUCAGCCUCAGUGAUGAAAAGCUUAAUUCUCCAACUGCAUCUACUCCAAGCUUGCCAUCUCCAUCCGUAACUCCGUGUAGAGCAAAGCUUGGAGACACAAAAGAACUGGAAGACUUCAUUGCUGAUCUUGACAGGACACUAGCAAGUAUGUGAAAUGAAUCUCUGGCAUUGUGCUUGAAGGAUAAGUAAAAUCAAUCACUGAGAACUGCUGCCCUUGUCUGCUAACUUUGCUACCCAAGAUAUUCACCUUCGGAACAUAACCUUUGCAAACUCCUACAAGUAUUUAACUGGCAACAUCAGUUUUGUUACUUUGCAGCAGAUGGAAUAAAAUUAACUUAAGUGUUACAGCUGUAUUUUGCUUUAAAAUAUAGCUUGAAUUUUAAUUUAAAGUUGCUUUUAUGAAAAUAUAUUUGUAAUUUUAUAUAGUUGAGAACUUUUAAUGCUUUUUUCCAUUAUAAUAUAUUUUUGUAUGCAAAUAAACCCUGAACUGGAAUCCAGAUGUCUGAAGCUGUGAACUCAAACAUAAGUACAAACUAAGCUCUUAUUGAAAACAUCAAGCUUUAAAAUAUCUGACAAGGGUGUAUUUCCUGUUAGGUAAAAUGUGUUAUGCUGGCUUUGUGUGGAACUUCAUAUUUUUCUUUUCAAAUUGCUUAAAUAAGGGAAUUUUGUACUACAUAAAAUGAAUACAACCAGGAAAAUAAUAAAAUUGGUCAAACUGUUA